AUGAUGACCGAAUGCAGAAGGCCGUUCCAUAAUGAAGCACCCAUCGAAUCAGCCGCCGCUAGACACCCAGUCACUGCCAGGAUCUGCCAUCUAACCUCUAAGCUGUCUCGAUCCCACACAUGGAGCGCUUGGAACAACCGGCUCAUUGACGGAUUGGCCCUGACCUCGCAAACGCUCUACGCCCGACAACGCCGCAUGUUUUCUCCUUUCGUUUGUUCAAGAGACAUAGCAGGCUUAUCUUGCCUACCACGGAUGAGUGUCCCGCUGUAUCUAUGUAUUUCUCGUGGGUUCCAGUUUCUUUUUUCCGCAACUUUGUAUGGAGGAAAUACAUCGUGGCCAAGUCCGAUGAAGUUUGUUGGAACACAGACUCUCAGCGCCUGCCAUACCCACCAGUUUGCGCGCCAACCGUCUGCUGUCGACCGCUUUGGUACGACAUCAUCUAUGCUCGAGCGAAUUUUGACGAAUUGA